AAGAAAGUUAAUGUACUGUGAACAAACCUGUGAAGACGAGAUGAUGCAGAACAAGAUUCAACUCGUUGUUUUGCUCGCAGGAAUCCUGUCGAAGGCUUCAUGCGACCCGUAUCGAUUCGUCCUGGUCGAAGAACUGAAGACCUGGGCAGAAGCGCAAUCGUACUGCAGGGAGAAACACACGGAUCUGGCGACGGUUCAGAGCGAUGAAGACAGAGCCAAACUAAACGAGGCAGCAGAUGCUGUGAGCUUCAGAUCUGUCGCCUGGAUCGGCUUCUACAAAGUUGUUUGGCGUUGGUCGCAUCAAAACACGAUUAUAAGAUAUGCGAAGUGGGAUUACUCAGAGCCAGACUUGCCCAAAACACAUGAGGCCUGUGCAACUAUAAAUGAAAACGGACAAUGGAGUGAUACAUACUGUACUGAACUAAAAUACUUCUUUUGCCAAACUGACAAGGAAAAACUUCAGGACAGGUUUAAGUACGUCGAAACAAACAUGAACUGGCAUGAUGCUCAAAUGCACUGCAGAACACAAGAAAUAGACCUGGCCAACGUUACAGACGACACCGAGAACCAGGAACUCGCGGACAAGCUUAAUGAAAAGCAUGACUCUGAGGCCUGGAUCGGCCUGUCCAGGAGCCCCCUGAUAAUGUGA